AUGUCGGGCGGCGGCGGCGACGAGUACAAGCGCGAGGAGUCGGUGGUCCUCAUUGUCAUCGUCUCCCUCGCCGCGCUCUCGCUGCUCUCCCUCAUCGCCGCCUUCGCCUACUACUGCUACAUCACCCGCAAGGUCUCCCGCCGCCUCAACUCGCACCAGCUCCCCAAGCGCCCCUCCUCCCCUGCCCCGCUGCCGCCUCCCGUGAUCCCGCCGCAGGGGAAGGAGAGCCCCUCCAGCAACUCCGCCAGCGACGGGGCCGCGGCGGGGGCGCUCGUGGUGGCCGCGGAGAGGGGCGUGCAGGUGUUCGGCUACAGGCAGCUCCACGCCGCGACGGGGGGCUUCGGCCGCGCGCAUAUGGUGGGGCAGGGCAGCUUCGGGGCCGUCUACCGCGGCCUCCUCCCCGACGGAAGGAAGGUGGCGGUCAAGCUCAUGGAUCGCCCCGGGAAACAGGGCGAGGAGGAGUUCGAUAUGGAGGUUGAGCUGUUGAGUCGGCUUCGAUCAUCUUAUUUGUUGGGCUUGAUUGGCCAUUGUUCCGAGGGUGGACACCGGCUACUGGUGUAUGAGUUCAUGGCCAAUGGGUGUCUCCAGGAGCAUCUUUACCCAAGUGGAGGUUCCUCUGGCGGCAUCUCAAAAUUGGACUGGCCUACAAGACUGAGAAUAGCUCUUGAAGCAGCAAGGGGUCUUGAGUAUCUUCAUGAGCGUGUUAAUCCACCUGUUAUACACAGGGAUUUCAAGAGCAGUAACAUUCUCUUGGACAAGGACUUCCAUGCAAGAGUCUCAGACUUCGGUUUAGCCAAGCUUGGAUCUGAUAGAGCUGGUGGUCAUGUGUCAACUCGAGUUUUAGGCACGCAAGGCUAUGUUGCACCAGAAUAUGCAUUAACUGGGCAUUUGACAACCAAAUCAGAUGUGUACAGUUAUGGGGUUGUGCUUCUGGAGUUGCUUACUGGCAGGGUACCAGUUGAUAUGAAGAGGCCUCCCGGAGAAGGUGUUUUAGUUAACUGGGCGUUACCUAUGCUCACUGAUCGAGAGAAAGUGGUGCAGAUCUUGGAUCCAUCACUUGAAGGUCAAUAUUCAUUGAAAGAUGCUGUUCAAGUGGCUGCGAUUGCCGCCAUGUGUGUUCAGCCGGAGGCUGACUAUAGGCCACUAAUGGCUGAUGUAGUCCAGUCGUUGGUUCCACUCGUCAAGAAUCGUUCUACUUCUAAAUCGUGCAACCCAAAUGCCCAAGCACCCAGGCCACUCGACUAGGAUAUCAAGUUUCAUGGUUGUCUUCUCUGGAACUUCUCAUCUAGAGACCAACAUGAUCUGCUGAGAUGGUGGGAUCCGUAUGCUUUUUGGCUGCUGGUGUUCUCGCUUUGGAAGGUGCAUCCGCAUGGUAAAGGAGGCACGUUUAUAAUAUAAGCAUGGAUUUAGUAUGAUGGUCCUGAAAACUAGUCUUGAGUUUGAAGGGAACUUCUCAAGCCAUGUGCAAAUGAUGGUGUUGGGUGGUGCGACUAGUACCUGUAGUUGUGGUCUUGUGGAAAGUUCAUCACUAGAUUGUAGUGUUGUUUUGAGCUGGCAAAUUUCCAUGUGCU